UUCUUCAGCGUGCGACAGCAUUCGAAUCCAUUCUACUGCAAGUGGAAUUUUCUGUAUAAGUUUAAGUGCUCAUCGUCGUCCCCUACUUUAUACAAUGGUGCCUCGCGAACAACAACAUGACCGAAUGCGUCAAGCUCGAGACAAUGUUGAAGGCGCGGCGAGAGCGCUUGUAGAACAACAUCGACGACAGCUUCUGAACCGGCACGCCCUGCCGCCGGGGGCGAUCCCGGGCGGGGUUAUGCCUUUCGAACUGCAGGCGCGUUUUGGCCCCCGGGUAGAACAAAAUGGAUUACGCGUUCUGGCGAUCCCGAGAGCUGCCCCGCUGGCGGCGGCGGGCGCUGCGGGGCGGGUACAACAAAAUGGACUACGCGCUCUGGUGAACCCGCAAGCCCUGCCGGCGGUUGCGGGGGCUUGGCAGCAGGUAGAACAAAAUCGACUACGCGCUCUGAACCCGCAAGCCCCGGCGGCGGCGGGGGCGGCGGACGCUGAAGAGCAGACCCAGGGGGAGGAACAGCCUGCGGUUGAGAAUCUGCAGCCAGUCCUGCCCGGGGUAAAAUUGAUUGCCCCCGGCGUUCCGGUUCUUGGGCGCGGCACGACCGCGGAGAAGCUCCGCAGCAAGCUAACUGAUUCUGAAUUCGAGCGCGCCCCGCGCGUGGCUCGUCGUAAGUUUGUGAAUCUGCAAGUGAAUACCUGGAAUCUGUGUGCUGCGAAAAAGAAGGGCUACGCAGAGCACGGGGGCAUGGACGCUCCCGUGAAGGGAAUCAUCAUGCAGUUUCUAGGGGACGCACCGGUCGACGGAGAUCAGAGCCCCCAACUGUCGCGCACGUACCUUCGGGAACUGAUGACAGAAGGCAAGCGAAGGAAGGUGAAAGCCGUUCUAGACAAGAUGUUGCCAGAAUGCAAAAACGAGGCGGCGCGCGGAAAUCCCGGAACCACCUUUAAGUUUCGAGACAUUGCAAUUCCGCUUGGUUUAAAACCUGUCGAGAGUUCAGCGCCGGUGGACGAGCAGUGGUGGGGAUGGCUUCUUCGUUUCUUACCGACACUCCGGGAACAGAUUCACUCGGCGGGGCUCGAGCUGACACUUGUCCCCGUUGAUGGAGGGAUCCUUCGCCCGGCCGGAUCUCAGGCAGCUCCUGACGAGGCUGAAGAAAGAAAAAACAAGGGGAAAAGCGAAAUUCGCAUUAGUUGGAAGUAG